GUCACUCUGUACCUCACGCGCUGAAGAGUUCCUUUUUAUUUCUACAUGUGGGGUUUGUGAUAUCACAAGACGUCCUCACUUGCUCUCAUGAUGUUGUCGAAGACAGCUGUGGGGAUCGCCGCGGGAGCUGGCCUUUGUUUCCUUGGUUAUUGUAUAUAUUUUGACAAGAAGCGGAGAAGUGAUCCAAAUUUCAAACAAAAAUUAAGAGAAAGGAGGAAAAAGGCAAGUUCACAGCGACCUGGGAAAGCCACUGUUCAGAUUCCAGACUUGAGCAAUCCUGAGGCAAUGCAGCGCUUCUUCCUUCAAGAGGUACAGCUUGGAGAAGAACUGCUGGCUACAGGUGACAUGGAGGGUGGUGUGGAGCACCUGAGCACCGCCGUGGCCGUGUGUGGGCAGCCCCAGCAACUGCUGCAGGUCUUACAGCAGACCCUCCCCCCUCAGGUGUUCCAGCUCCUGGUGCAGCGACUCCCGUCAGUCAGUCAGCGUCUGUCUGGCGGUGUGCCCACUGGUGGUCCCGAGGUAUCUACCCUGGAAGAGGAUGACCUUGAGUGACCUAGACGUCUGCUACUGGACAUUCCUGGGUUCACUUGCACAAAGCCAUCAAGACAUUGAUCCCCAUGACGGAUGUGUGAUUGUCCUCACUCCAAGAUUACUUUGUGCAAAUCGGCCCUGGUCAGUGUUUCUUAAGUGAUCACUCCACAACAUUGUGUGUUUGUGUGUGCAAGAACACUUAUGGAAAGAGUUAUCUCCCUUGGAAAAUAUUCAUGAGACUUUUUCAUCCACAGGUAUCGGUCUCAAAAGCUCCCCAAACCUAUGUACUGUACACACCGACAAAAGAAAUGUGAGAAACAUAUAUGUUGGUUACUAUAUGAAGAAUUACUGAUAUUCAAGAGAUAUUAGAUUGGUUUAAUGCACAAACAAACAUACUUAUAUGUUGUGUGAACCGACACUCAACGCAUCACAUGUGACGUCACCUAUCCGUGACUGGAGAUGCACCAUUUGACUCGCGCAGGAUUAGUAUGUUUGGAAAUCUCAUGCAACAUAUUGUGAUAAGAAUAAAGACACUGUGCUAACACUUGACUGAUUCUCAUUAAGUGGUACACAUUGGAAACAUCUUCUCUUAACGUACGUUCUUCUCUAUAUGUUUUAUGUUUCGCAUUUCUUUCUGCGGUGAGUAUAUAUGUUGAAAGGGAUUUGUCCCAAUAUAUAUCACAUAGAUAAUAUAUUGUGUUUGGGGUGGUUUUAUUUAAAUGUUUUGGAGAAAGGGAUAUAUUAUUAUUGAAUCAAAUGUCUGGUUUUUUACCUGGCCAUGAAACAAGGUGGCAUUCUUUGCCUGGAUUCUAUUUGAGCGUAUGUAAUUAUAAAACAUCAGUUAAAUCAAUACCAUAUUGUCUUGAGUAUAGUGCGCACUUUUUUUCCAAAAAACACAGCUGUGUACAAAAACAAAUGAUCUGUUAACAGCGAAACCUUGUUAAUCCAGACCGGGUUUGUCCGGAAGUCUCCACAUCCAGGGGAUUGUUUGGAAUGCUUAUGUAAUCACAGAAACAUUACUACAUGCAUGUGAUUUGUUGAUCCAGAAACUUGUUAAUCCAAAGGGGGGGAUCGGGUAGCCUAGUGGUUAAAGCUUUCGCUCGUCACGCCGAAGCCCCGGGUUUGAUUCCUGACAUGGGUACAAUGUGUGAAGACAAUUUCUGGUGUCCCACUCCGUGAUAUUGUUGGAAUAUUGCUAUAGGCGGGGUAAAACCCAUCUUCCCGAGGCAAGAUAGUUAACUGACUUUAAAAGUCCAGUUUCCACCCUUGCCGAACAAGGCUGGAAUUCCUGGGCUUGGUCGUAGCGCUACCAGUGGCUAUUACCAGUUAUGUCCCUUCUAAGCCUCUCCUAUGGACCAAUCAGAUUCCACCUGUCGUAUUACUUGCACCUUGAUUAAAAACAUGAAAAGAUUUUGAAAAUAUCUGUUGACAAAGAGUUGGCGGUGCACAUGCUUUGCAAAUCCUGCAAUCGACCGAAAUCUGCACGACAGUUUACAAACAGGAUUUCGAUUUCGGUGGGCGAUUUUGAUUGGACUAUGCAUAGACUCGUUAGUCCAGCCAAAUUGUAACUCCAUAAUACCAGCCUAGUUCGGCAAGGGUCGAAACUGGACUUUUAUAGUCAGUUGACUCUCUUGCCUCGGGAAGAUGCGUAAAACCAUACUCACUGUUAAUCCAAAUGAUUUCACUGUGAACGGCCAGCUCUGUCUGGAGUAACAUGGUUUCAUUGUAAUAUGACACCAAUGUUCAUAGAUUGUUGUUAUCUAGGUAAUACACCUGAAUCGUCCAAACACCAUGGCACACUGUGUAUCUGUUACUAGAUUUUUCACUCCAUUCAGUGAUUACAUGACAAAGGACUCACUAAAGGACAAAAUGGCUAAUGUUAAACUCUUACUCAAAUGAUCUAGAUCUGUUAUGUAGCCAUAGUCCAUGGAUCUUGAUGACAUCCUGAUAAGCAUCCACUGGCUACAUCCCCCGAUUACCAGCUGGUUACGGACAAAAUAAGAGGCAAGCUGUGUGCAGACGGAUUGUGAUAUCUUUGGCCGGAUAGUGUGUCCUGCAUCACGUCAUGAACAACAUGUAGAAUUGCAGAUGUUGGAGACCAGAUUAUGGACUCUUCGUCACAGCCAAGCAGCAGUAGAAACUAACAGUUUUAGCCCACUAGUCCUUAUAAUGAUAACAUAUAGCAAAACCUUUAAAAAUGGCAAAUUUCUACUAGUCCUUAUGAUACCUUAACUAUUGGGCAUUUUGGCAAGGACUACAGGACUAGUGCCAAUUUCUAACGCUGCCAAGUUUGAUUGACAAGAUCAUGAACACUGUUUGAUGCUUAAGAGAUUAAUAUCCACUCAGUUCAAGUUAUCUCAGUCAAAUGCUGACCAUGUCACAUCUGAUUGUGUUCCCCAGUUUUACUGAUUUCUUGUAUUUUGGGGUUAUCUCAUUCAACAUCCAUGCCAUUAGAUCGAUACUGUAGAAUGUAUGAUAUGAAUGAGUGCAUGUGUCUUUGUCAUACACGAAUAAAUCAUCAUAGCUUA